UCAGGGGAGGAUGACUAUUCUCACCCUUUCCCUAUUGCCAUGGCUCUGGAAAUGCAGAAUCUGGGCCCUCUUCAUCUCUCCAUGUUUUAAAUGCAACAGCUGAAAAUGGAGAUGAAGACGAAGGGAACUCCCUAAGCAGUAAGAGGUGGACAAGUGCAAAGUGUGGCAAGAGGCUGGUCUACACAACCCAGGGGCUGUUCUCGGCGUUUCUGUCAAUCUCAGUAGCUUGAGGCCUCACUGAGCAUUUGAGGCAAAGCUGGAAAAUGAGUAAAUUUGGGGAGCAGUGAGGAGGCACUGGGGAGCAUGGACAUGGUCCCAGUUAGAGUGACUCUGCAGUCAUGCUGCAGUUGCUCCCAUUCCAGUGUCCUGUUCUUGAGAGCUGCCUGCGUGGAGACCUUCCAGCCCCAGGUCAGAGAAAAUAAUGCUUGGAAGAAGACUGCGCAUCCUCAGUAAAACACCCAUCACUGCUCUCCUGAAGCUGAAGAUGGAGAUAUUGUGCUGAAUCCUUUCGACUCUGGUUAGAAGAAAAGCUACCGCAGGAAAUUUUACUUCAAACGUGCCCACUCAGCACCACGAUGUCUGGAAAGGAUAAAGGCAGUGCUGAAGGUAGUGCUGAUUCCUACAUUUCCUGUCACAUCGACUCAGAGUUUCGCUACAACCUCUUCACUGUUUUCUACAGCAUCGUUUUCAUUCUGGGCUUUGCUGCCAACUGCUAUGUGCUCUGGAUUUUCAGCCGGAUUUACCCCACCAAGAAACUCAAUGAGAUCAAGAUCUUCAUGGUGAACCUGACAGUAGCUGACCUGCUCUUCUUGGUUACGAUGCCAAUGUGGAUUGUUUACUAUCACCACCACGGAGACUGGAUCAUGCCCGAGUUCCUGUGUAACGUGGCUGGCACUUUAUUUUUUGUGAACACCUACUCUUCUGUUGCCUUCCUGAUGGUCAUCACAUACAACCGUUACCAAGCUGUGACUAAUCCCAUUAAAGCUGCUCAGUUUACCACCCAGAGAAGGGGGAUCUACUUAGCAGCAGCCAUCUGGAUUAUAAUCGUGGGCAGCUCCUUGUAUUACCUUUUUGACAAUAAUACUAACCAGGAGGAGAUCAAUUCUAGGAAUUUCACGCGGUGCUUUGAGCGCUAUGACUCUUCUGGCAGCGUUUCAGCUGUUCUCGCCAUCCAUGUCAUCAUCUGCAUCCUCUUCUAUAUCAUUUUCAUCUUUAUACUAGGCUGGAACAUCAUCAUUAUCAGGACUCUGUUCUCCAAACCAACGCAGCCACGGAAGAGUGCUCAUGUCAAGCAAAGGGCACUCUGGAUGGUUUGCACAGUGCUGGCUGUGUUCAUCAUAAGCUUUGUACCUCAUCACCUGGUGCAUCUGCCCUGGACCCUGACUGUGCUGGAGCAGUGGAAGAGGGAAAACUGCCAGUUGCGCCAACAACUCAAUGAUGCUCACCAGGUGACUUUGUGCCUCUUGAGUACAAACUGUGUGUUGGACCCUAUCAUCUACUGCUUCCUCACCAAGAAGUUCCAAAAGCAUCUUUCAGAAAACCUGAAAAGCAUGAAAGGGAGUCGCAAGUGCUCCAGGCAAACCACAGACACAGUGAUUGAGGGCACCAUUCACCAGGAGGAUGCCAUUAGGAUCUAGUUCAGCCCUGUUCCGAUUGCAGAUUGAGGUGUGUCCAUCUUUUCUCAAGGAGAGGCACUGAGGGACACAGCAGAGGACCAGGAUAUUACACUUUCCUUUUCCCAUUAGACAGAAGAAUGGACGCUCAUUUCUUCUAUCACAUGCAACUGGCAGAACUGGAGCCUGUAGCAGUCUGGCAGAAAAGCACCUUCUGUCUGGGCUGAUGUUCUCAUGGGCACCGAGAACAGUUCAGAGGAUCUGCUUUUACGUGAAAGAAAUGUGCCACCAGGUCUGUGCACUGUGCAGCUAGCAGCUGAGUGCACCGAAAUUCCCCACUGUGUCAGCCCCCACAGCACUGCCUGUUGUCUGCCCUGGCUUCUUGUAUAACAGUGGAACUGGCAAACCAGUGGCCUCUUGCACUCAGCUUAGUAACUUUGGGCUGACUGCAUGUGCCUGUGGAAAUCCAGUCUCGCUUUGGAGGCUCCAGAUAACAGAGGAUUAUUGUCAGCAUGGGCAUUAUGAUAAGAAGAAGAACAGCUUAAAAUGCUUCAGUAUCUUUGUUCUUGUUUAUUUCGAUUAGGGCUGUAGCAAGCAACUGUGCGUUAUUCCUUGCCCCAGUCUUUCUAUUUCUGCUAUGACGAAAUGAAGCUGAGUAGUUCUUAAUGUGCUACUACAAGUGAAGUACCAGGUCAGGUCAUGGCUACUUUCUGAGUAAAUCAGAGCAGUGCAAUGAUACAGCACACUUGACACACACAUAACUCACGCACUCUGACAAGACUGGAGACCCCUCGCCCAGGGCUGGCUGCAGUCAGUUGGGGCAAAGUGGUUUUCUGAGGGUGCUGAGUUCAGUCACCAAUCAUGAGACACUUCAGGUUCCUUAUCUGACCCAAAUUGCUCAACCCAGCACAGGAAAUUGGGCAAGGAGGGGAACUUACUUGUUUUCACAACAGUUUUUGGUUCCCUAAACUACAGCAAAGAGUUUAUUUGAUGACAGGAAAAGUGUAUCUAUCUGACCUGCAAUACUGAUUAAUCAUGUGCAAGGUGAGCAGCCUUCCCACACACACCAGAGAAUGUGAGAUAAGCGCCGGUCUUUCCAAAGAUAGGACUAACAUUUGUAUCAGACCUUGCUUACAUUCAGUGGAGAUGUGAGUCCUUCAGAUGCAUCUCCUGAAGAUCCUCAGGCAGCUUAUGCUUACCUGUGCAAACAGACAAAAGAACUGAGAUGUUUCUUUCUCUAAUGCCAUCUGCCAGGGCCAGCCAGGCACUCCAGACCCAGUGCCAGGCUGAGAAAAGUAUCCAACCACAUUGAGAACACAUUUCCCUCCUGGCCCUGGACUCUGCUCCAGUAAAGGCCACCCAUAAAGAUCCCCCGCUGGCACCUCUUAGCAGAGAGAGAAUUGCCUGACCAUGUCCCUGAGCCAUGUGCAAAGCUUUGCUCUGCAUCUGCAGUCAUCCGAGCCACAGCACACAGCAAGGGGAAUGACUCCUGUAAUUCAAAAGCCUAAUUCCUGCUUGCUGGGGGAAUCUGCCUCCGUGUUUCUGCCCUCCCCGGAUAGCACGUUCUGGCUGGGGAGGGGAGCUCCUGUAGUGGCAGAGGUGGAGCUUUGGAGCGUUCCUCUCCUCCCCUUGCCACCCGGUGAGGCAGCCGAGCGUGCCUGCUUCACAGCCCCCAAAGCACUGAACAGAUGGAGUCUGGCAGCUCUUAGAGGAAAUAGAAAGGGAUUUUACGUGGAGAUCUGGUAAAUACGUGAUCUUCUAUUGAUUCCUGGAAAGCUUGCAACAGAGCUUACCGUUUAGGCUACUUAUUGUGGGUAAAUAACAUGCUUCCCUCCCCAGAAAACACCUGUGAGGCCAGCGUGAGCUCAGAGAACAAAUAUAAACUUGUAUCUGAGGAAAAGAGUAAGUGGAGGAAAAAGCCCUGAGGCCACUUCAGGAGAUGUGCAGUAAUGCGUUUCUAAAAACCAGUCUCAGCUUCUGCUUCUGUUCCUGGAAUUCCUUUCGGUUUUACCGCAGUGUUGCAUUACUCUGCUUUACUUCGCAAUAAAAUGGAUCCUCAGAAGUUCUUUUAAAUAAAGUGUGUUCCUCAA